UUCUGUGCUGGGAUACUGUGUCCCCUGGAAAUGUCAGAGCUCUUUGGGGGAGAAAAAAGGUCUAUGAUCAGAAAUGAGCAUGGCAAUAUAUCAGAACUUAGGUAUUUGUGCCUGCAGCAAAAUAAAUGGGAUUUAUUAGAAAAUCUUCAAGUAAAUCAAGGUUAGAGAUAUCUCAAGAAAAUUAUAUAUAUACAUAUUUAUCCCCCCCGCCCCCUACAUUUAAAUGUAGAGACUGAGUCUCUGCUUGAACCCUCUUCAAGGCAUAACUUCCUGGGAUACUGCAAUUUAGCCACAGAAGAAUGGCUUAUCCCGAGGCAGUGAGCUCUGAAGCAAUCACAAGGUUGUUUACGCGCCUGCCUUGCUGCAGAACCGGACAGUGGACAGCAGCCCUGCCUGCUGCUGGUCUGUUGACGGUAACUUUUAUGAACGAACUGGAAAGAGGCAGGCUAAGUCAUGUGGGAGAGGCCACAGUUCAGAUGGAAGGAAAAUGGGUAUCAGUGCGUCAGGCAUUCUAGCCCAAAGGUCCGGAUUCUCCCUCUAUCCCUAGACUGCUAGUUGUCGCACCCUGGGAGACCUCAUAGAAUGCUGAUCAACGUGUUUAAAAUGGUUGCAGGCAUGACCAUUUGUCUCAGAGGGGGUCAGUAAAAUUUGUGCCUUUCGUGAGCAUGUAUGUCAUAAGCAUAGAUAGAGAUGCUCAUGAAUGAGCUCGCAAGCUUCUGACUCCACUCUGGAACCCUGGGAUUUUAGGGGUCCGGCAGUUUGGCCGCAGCAGUAUUGCUGCCUCUGGCUAGUAUGAGAAAUACCAAGGGCAGGAUCAUCUCAGAUCUUCGUUAUGGCAACUCAUGCAAGAAGCUGUUGAAUUAGAUUUAUUUCCUAUAGAUGAGAAACCAAACAAGCAGUGGUAUUUAUGAGCCUCCAUUUAUUGUACUACUGCAGUGAACCAACCUUGGAUGUGAAAAUUGCCUUUUGUCAGGUGUGUGUUUCUUAGAGGUAAAACAAGGGAUUCGAUAAACAAGUGGAUGUGUCAUAUAUUGCCAAACAUUACAACAUGAGCAAAAGCCAGUUCUACAGCGUGGAAGUAGGAGACUCAACCUUCACAGUUCUCAAGCGCUACCAGAACCUAAAGCCUAUUGGCUCUGGGGCUCAGGGAAUAGUUUGUGCUGCAUAUGAUGCUGUCCUUGACAGAAAUGUGGCCAUUAAGAAGCUCAGCAGACCCUUUCAGAACCAAACACAUGCCAAGAGAGCUUACCGGGAACUGGUCCUCAUGAAGUGUGUGAACCAUAAAAACAUUAUUAGUUUACUAAAUGUCUUCACACCCCAGAAAACGCUGGAGGAGUUCCAAGAUGUUUACUUAGUAAUGGAACUGAUGGAUGCCAACUUGUGUCAGGUGAUUCAGAUGGAAUUAGACCAUGAACGAAUGUCUUACCUUCUAUACCAAAUGUUGUGUGGCAUCAAGCACCUUCACUCUGCUGGAAUUAUUCACAGGGAUUUAAAACCAAGUAACAUUGUAGUCAAGUCUGAUUGUACAUUGAAAAUCCUCGACUUUGGACUGGCCAGGACCGCAGGCACGAGCUUCAUGAUGACUCCUUACGUGGUGACGCGUUAUUACAGAGCCCCUGAGGUCAUCCUGGGAAUGGGCUACAAGGAGAACGUGGAUAUAUGGUCUGUGGGAUGCAUUAUGGGAGAAAUGGUUCGCCACAAAAUCCUCUUUCCAGGAAGGGACUAUAUUGACCAGUGGAACAAAGUAAUUGAGCAACUAGGAACACCAUGUCCGGAAUUCAUGAAGAAAUUGCAACCCACAGUAAGAAAUUAUGUGGAGAAUCGGCCUAAGUAUGCAGGACUCACCUUUCCCAAGCUCUUUCCAGAUUCCCUCUUCCCAGCGGAUUCUGAGCACAAUAAACUCAAAGCCAGCCAAGCCAGGGACUUGUUGUCAAAGAUGCUAGUGAUUGACCCAGCCAAAAGGAUAUCAGUGGACGAUGCCUUACAGCAUCCAUACAUCAACGUCUGGUACGACCCUGCUGAAGUGGAGGCGCCUCCACCUCAGAUAUAUGACAAACAGUUGGAUGAAAGAGAACACACCAUUGAAGAAUGGAAAGAACUUAUCUAUAAAGAAGUAAUGAAUUCAGAAGAAAAGACUAAAAAUGGUGUCGUAAAAGGACAACCUUCUCCUUCAGGUGCAGCAGUGAACAGCAGUGAGAGUCUCCCUCCAUCCUCGUCCGUCAACGACAUCUCCUCCAUGUCCACCGACCAGACCCUGGCGUCCGACACUGACAGCAGCCUGGAAGCCUCGGCGGGACCCCUGGGUUGUUGCAGGUGACUAGCCGCCUGCCUGCGAAACCCAGCGUUCUUCAGCAGAUGAUGGGAUGGAACACACACUCCCGCACACACAGAACCACACACACACAAGCGCAGACACGCAAUGACAUGAACACAGCAAGGGAGAGAAUCCAAGCCUAAAUUGAAACAAAUCUUUCAGCCUGCUUCUUCUCCAGAGUGUUCUAUUGCAGCUAAGCCAGAUGCAUAUUUAACUUCUAGUUGCUCUUGCUUUGAUCUUCUUCCAAUGAUGCUUACUACUGAAGGCAAAUCAAACACAAUUAGGGAAGCCUUUUCCAUAAAGUGUGAUUUUAAUGGCUGCAACACCAGCGCCCUGUAACUGCCCUUUCAAAUGGCAUGACAAGGUGUGCAGUGGCCCCAUCCAGCAUGUGUGUGUCUCUAUCUUGCAUCUACCUGCUCCUUUUGGCCUAGUCAGAUGGAUGUAGAUACAGAUCCGCAUGUGUCUGUAUUCAGACAGCACUGCUUACUUAGAGAUGCUACUGUCAGUGUCCUCAGGGCUCUACCAAGACAUCAUGCACUGGGGUACCACUUGGUCCAUUUCAUGUGAUCUAUUACUCUGACAUAAAACCCAUCUGUAAUAUAUUGCCAGUAUAUAAGCUGUUUAGUUUGUUAAUUGAUUAAGCUGUAUGUCUUAUAAGAAAACAUGUAAAGGGGGGAAACGUGGGGGGAGUGAGCUCUCUCGGACCCUUGAAGAUGUAGCUUCCAAAUUUGAACUGAUUAAAUGGCACCUGUAUACC